CAGCCGGUUACCUCCCUUACCUUCUGCUCUCACCAUCUCCACUAUGGCAUCCCCUCAACCUCCCGCAUACGGCAGUGAUGCGCCUCCAGUGAACCCGGACUCUCGACCUCUGCCUCCGGGUUGGAUAACCCAGUUUGAUCCCAAUUACAAGGCUUGGUUCUACGUGAACACUGCCGCGAGCCCUCCCGUAACGACCUGGACUCACCCGCUUGGUCCCCCGCCUCCCGCUCCCCAACUACAAUCGUUCGCUCCACCUCCUGGUCCCCCACCUCCUGACCACAGCCGCGGCGAUUACAAGGGCGAUUACAAUCAAGGCCCACCUGGCGGCGGUUAUGGAUACAACCAGCCUGCGCCGCAACCGCCAUACGGAGGUGGCUAUAGUCAGCCGCAAUCUCCUUACGGCGGCCCUGGCGGACCCAGCGGCUAUGGCCAGCCCCCGCAGCAGCCCUACCCUCCCCAGCAGGAGAAGAAGAGCGGCAAAGGCUUCCUCGGUGGCCUUCUCGGAGGCAAGCUCGGCUCCUCUAGUGGUGGAGGCUUUGGAGGGGGAGGCGGGUACGGCGGUGGUGGCUAUGGGGGCGGGUACGGUGGCGGAUACGGUGGCGGCGGUUACGGGCAACAGCCACAGCCCGUCUACGUCCAACAAGGCCAGCCGAAGAAGUCCGGUGGUAUGGGUAUGGGCGGCAUGCUAGCCGCUGGUGGUGUUGGUCUUUUGGGUGGUGCGCUCAUUGGCGAAGCCAUCGCAGACGAUUCCUAUGAAGAUGGCUUCGAAGACGGCGCUGACUUUGGCGGCGACUUCUGAACGCUAAACUUGGGGAUACACGCGUGGGUCUACAACAUCUUGGACGCUGACGGCACCUGGCGUCCAUCUUCUCCUUCCUUCGCGGCGUUUCUACAUUGCCUGUAUUUGUAUUUCGUCGUGUAAGUACUAGCGGACUACGACUGUGGAAAUUAUACUUGAUAUCAUCGUCAAGGACAUGGAUCCAGU